GUAGCCAGAUCUUCAUAAUGAACCAACGGUUCGUGGGCGUGGCUGAGCGCACAGUGACACUGGAAGAUGGCGGCUACCAUCGGGAGACUUCUCGGGACUUGCGCAAGAAGAGUGGCAGUUAAUGGGGUGAAGGCCUUCAAUGCUCACAGUGGAGCAUCAAUGAUCAGGGCCCCACAAACCUGCAUUGCUGCACAAAAAGCUUGUUUCUCAGUCAGUGCAGCAAGAUGGGCUCCAGCAGUCACUCAACCAGCUCCUCACUUCAAAGGCACUGCUGUUCUUAACGGAGAGUUCAAGGAAAUCAGCCUUGAAGAUUUUAAGGGCAAAUACCUAGUCCUUUUCUUCUACCCAUUAGAUUUCACAUUUGUAUGCCCCACAGAGAUCAUCGCCUUCAGUGACAAGGCUAAAGAGUUCCAUGAUGUAAACUGUGAAUUAGUUGGUGUGUCUGUGGACUCUCACUUUACCCACUUGGCUUGGACUAACACCCCAAGAAAGAGUGGAGGAUUAGGAAAAAUACACAUUCCUCUGUUGGCUGACCUCACAAAGCAAGUGUCAAGAGACUAUGGGGUCUUACUGGAAGGCCCUGGAAUUGCUUUAAGGGGUCUUUUCGUUAUCGACCCUAAUGGAGUUAUCCGACACAUGAGUGUAAAUGACCUGCCAGUUGGGCGCUCGGUUGAAGAAACCCUUCGUCUGGUCAAGGCCUUCCAGUUUGUGGAAACCCACGGUGAAGUCUGUCCUGCCAGCUGGACCCCAAAGUCGCCCACGAUAAAGCCAACUCCAGAGGGCUCCAAGGAAUACUUUGAGAAAGUCAACUGAAACUCCAAAAGUACUGACAGAUCAUGCAAAUCUUAAUGCUACUCCAUAGUGAAUUAUACAAUUGAAUAUAAUUAUUUACACGCAGCAUGAUAAGGUAUAUUGGCAGUUGAAAUAUUUGAUUUUUGGAUUUGGAUAGUAGUUUAAAUAAAAAUUAAGUCUGUGUUGA